AUGAAUAAUCCAGAAGUAAUAUAUGCAAACCUUACAGGUGAUUCUGAACGUACUAAUUUUAUCAUUAUGAAAUAGCUUUUGUUACUGAUAGCUUAUGUGUAAAUUGUGAGUAAUAAGGUAAAACAACAAUACUUUUAACUAAAAUUCCAAUGUUCUCAAAUAUUAUUAUUGUUUCUUUUGAUUGUGAACAUUGUGGAUAUAAAAAUAAUGAAGUGUAAUUUGGUGGUGAAAUUAAAGAUAAAGGAAUAAAAUUAAAUUUAAAAGUUAGCGAUCCAAAAGUAAUAAUAAAAUAUAAUUUUAGGAUCUUUAAAGACAAAUAAUUAGAUCAGAGUUUUGUAAAGUUUUGAUUCCUGAACUAGAAUUUGAAAUGCCAUCAAAUAAGAAAAGUAGUAUCAAUACUUUAGAAGGAUUUCUUUAAAAUAUUAUUGAUGAUUUAUCUCAUGAUUAACCUAUAAGAAAAUAUACAUAAGUAGAAACUUAUGAUCGUAUUGAAUACAUAAUUGAAAAAUUAAAGUAAUUUAAAGAAGGUUAAGGAUUACCAUUUAAUUGGAUAAUGGAGGAUCCAUCUGGAAAUAGUUUCAUUUAAAAUCCAAAUGAACUUUAAGAUGAUCCAUAACUAAAAAUAAAUCAUUAUAUAAGAACAAUUGAAGAAUUAGAAGCUAUGGGAUAUAGUGCUGAAAAUUAAAAAUAAGAAAUUCAAUAAUAACAAUAAGUUAUAACAGAUCCAAUUAGAUAAGGAACUGAAAAAAUUUAAGCAGGUGGAUAAAAUUUUGGUUAACCAAUAGAAGAUUCUGUUAAAAAUGAAUCAAUCAAUAUUCCAACACCUUGUAAUGUUUGUAAAGAAAUGGGAGAAAAUAAAAUGUGUACCGUUACUAUUCCUCAUUUUAAAGAAAUUCUAAUAAUGAGCUUUAAUUGUGAAUUUUGUGGAUUUAAAGAUACUGAAGUAAAAGCAACUGGUGAAAUAAGUAAAUAAGGCAAACUGAUAGAAUUAAAGUUUGAAAAUGAAAAAGAUCUAUGUAGAGAUGUAUUUAAAUCAGACACUGCAAAAUUGAGAAUUCCUGAAAUUGAUUUAGAACUAGGAACAGGAACAUUAGGUGGAGUUUAUUCAAAUGUUGAAGGAUUAUUAGAAUAAAUUCUUACUCGUUUAAGAGAUAAUGUAUAAUAAAUAACAUAUAUUUUUUAGAAUCCAUUUGUUGGUGAUAGUGCUGAUGAGGAUUAUAAAAAAAAGAUGGAAUAAAUAUUUCAAUAAUUGGAAGAAUUUAAAUCAGGAAAAAAAUAAUUUACAUUAUAAAUAAGAGAUUUAGUUGAAAACAGUUUCAUUUAAAAUCCUUUUUAUCCAAAUGAGGAUAAUUAAGUAAAAAUUACUUUGUUUGACAGAAAUGAUGAAGACAAUGAUGAAUUAGGUAUAGAUACUAUGAAAACUGAAAAUUAUCAGAAUUGA